AUGGCUGAAGAAUUGAAGCUUUUCAGGACAUGGUCGAGUCCAUUUGCUUUGAGGGUCGUACACGCACUCAAGAUUAAGGGCUUAGAAUACGAGACAAUAUUCGAAGAUCUCAGCAGCAAGAGUGAUUCACUCCUGCGGUAUAAUCCCAUUCACAGGAAGAUUCCUGUACUUGUGCACAACGGUAAGCCAAUCUGUGAGUCACUUGUAAUUCUCGAGUAUAUUGACGAGACAUGGAAACAAUGUCCUCUUUUGCCAAGAGAUCCGUAUGAGAAAGCCAAAGCACGAUUCUGGGCAAAAUUUGGAGAUGACAAGCUUACUUCAUCAAUAUGGAAUGUUUUAACUACUCAAGGAAAAGAGCAAGAAGAGCAUAUUGCGGCAACUGUCCAGAACCUGAAACUCAUUGAAGAGCUGCUGAAAGAAAAGAAAUUCUUCGGGGGAGAGACAAUUGGAUAUCUUGAUAUUGCAUUUGGUAGGAUGGCUAAUAUAAUCAGCAUCCUGGAAGAGAUAAUGGAUCUGAAAUUGGCAGAUGAAGAGGAAUUUCCACUACUAUCAGCAUGGAUGCAGAACUUCUCAGAUGAUCCAGUAAUCAAAGAAUGCUGGCCGCCUCAAGAUAAGAUGAUCGUGAAAUUUCAAGCCGUGCGUGAAUCAUAUCUUAAAACAGUUGUAUCUCAAUGA